AAUACAAGAACAAAAAUGGAUUAUAAAAUAAUUAUUGAAAAUAAUAUCGUCAAAAGCGAAAAACUACCUUCGCUAUCAAAUGAUAAACGUUUAAAUGAAAUAUUACUGGAAAAUUUAAAGAGUAAUCCAGAUUUUAUUGGAAUAAUUGACUCUCAAACAGGGGAAAAAUGUUCUUACAGAAAAUUAGCAAACGAUAGCAUUCGAUUAGCUUUGUGGUUGAAAAAACAAGAAAUAAAUCCAGGCGACAUUGUUUCAAUUUGUUCUGACCAUAGAAUUGCAAUAUGGAGUCCUUUAUGUGCUACUUUGUUCAUUGGAGCGAAUUUGAAUAUUUGGUACGACCACUGGUCACCUGUAACAUUGCGAUAUUUUGCAAAACUUACGAAACCAAAAAUUAUAUUUGCCAAUGAGCAAAAAGGAAGUGUGCUCAAAAAAAUAUUCCAAGAGGAGAAUAUUGAUACAAAAGUAGUAAUUCUCGGUAAAAUUCCUGAUUUCGAUUCACUUGACGAUAUUGUAGAGUGUGGAUAUUCGGGAACUGUAGAAAUUGAUGAUUUUAAAUGUCAUCCGGUGAAAGAUGAUGACGAUGCGUUAUUAUUAUUUUCUUCUGGAUCAAGUGGAAUGCCGAAAGGAGUGCAGCAUUCCCAUCGUAGCACUUUUUAUAAUUUGUGCAAAUUUUGUAAUAUGUGUCUUCAAAAAAAAGAAUUAAAUUCAGGGAUCACUACUCCGCUCUACUGGAUUGGAACUACAAUGCAAAUUCUACGAUGUCUAUUGUUGGUUUAUCCUGCAAUUAUUGUCGAUGAACCAACGCCGGAAAAAUUUUGUCAAUCUGUAAACAAAUACAAGAUUCAAUGGACAGUUCUAGGAACCGCGUUUCUAAACGAAUUGUUCAAUUCUGGACUUUUGGAUAAAUACGACUUUUCAUUUGUCGAGGAAAUUUUAGGUGGAGGAGCAAAAGUGAGAGUGGAAAUAUUAAAAAAAUUUGAAAGUAUAUUGCCUAAUGGAGUAAUAUUACAGGGAUAUGGCCUCACUGAAUUUGGUGGUGUGGCUCUAAUACGAGAAAAAGGUGACAAAAAUUACGAAAGAAUGAAAUUAACAUACGAGAUGGAGAUGAAAAUAAUUGACACGAAUGACAAGAACAUUUUGGGACCAAACGAAGAGGGUGAAAUUUGCUUGAAACAUUCUCAUAUUAUGAAAAAUUAUUUUCAAAAUCCAGAAGCAACUCAAGAAAUAAUUGAUCAGAAUGGCUGGCUUCAUACGGGAGAUUUAGGAUACUAUGAUUAUGAAGGCAACGUCUACAUUAUUGACAGAAUUAAAGAAUUAAUUAAAUAUAAAGGUCACCAUAUUUCACCGAACGAAAUUGAAAAAAUUCUUGUGCAGCAUCCGGAAGUUUUAGAAGUAGCUGUGGUUGGGAUUCCUCAUCCAGUUGAUGUUGAACAUACACUCGCCUUCAUUGCUGCAAAAACGAAUACAGAGACACUGAGGAAAGAACUAUUAAAAAUGUCAUUAGUUCUUGGCGAAAAGAAACGUCUGCAUAAAAUAGAAUUUGUGGAGAAUCUGCCAAAAGCAGGCAAAAAAAUCAGCAGAAGCGAAUUAAAGAUCAUGGCAAAAGAAUAUGUUGAACAAUCUUUUAAAUCAUUUGUUAUUUGUGCGAGUGUGAUCAACAUGAAUUUCAAGGACUCUCAUCGAUUUGUGAUUGAGAAUAAAAUACUGAAAGGUAAAAAAAUAACACUGGCCGAUGACAAAACUCUAGGAGAAAGAAUUCUCGAAAAUUUGAAGAAAAAUCCCGAAUUUGUUGGACUUAUUGAUGCUCAGACCGGAGAGACGUCGACGUACGGAAAAUUAAUAAAUGACAGCAUACGAUGUGCAUUGUGGUUGAAGAAACAAGGAAUAACUCCAACCGAUGUAGUCGCAAUUUGUUCUAAUAAUAAUCUUUCCCUAUGGGCAGCGUUUUGUGCAAUAUUUUACAUCGGAGCAAAUUUAAAUCCUUGGUACUAUGGUUGGACUGCCGAAUCAGCAAAGCACUAUCUUCAUUUGACAAAGCCGAAAAUUAUUUUCGCCAGUGAGAAAGCGGUCGAUAUGCUGAAGAAAUUAAUUAAAAAUGAGAACUUAAAGACAAAAAUUAUUGUUUUUGGCAAAGUACCUGGAUUUGAAUCGUUUGAGGAUAUUAUUAAACAGCCACUCGUCGAAGAUGUGGAACGAUUUCAGUGCACAAAAGUCGAUCCAAAUCAUGAUUCUUUGAUAAUGUUCUCGUCUGGAAGCACUGGUCUCUCUAAAGGUGUCCAACACUCGAAUCAAAGUGUUUAUUGUAAUUCCUAUAAAUGGGGCAUUUGGUUCGACGAAGCCCUCGGGAAACCGGCGAUGUUCACCUCCACAUUAUAUUGGAUCACUGCCGUUAUUAGUAUGACUAAAAAUUUAUUAUUCUCCUGUCCAACUAUUGUCAUCGAUGAACCAUCUCCUCAAGAAUUCUGUAAAGCCAUCGAAAAAUAUCAGAUUCAGUGGCUAUUCACUGGAACGGGAAUGACGAAUGAAUUGUCCUUGAUGGAAGAUUUGCCUAAAUACAAUUUCUCAACUUUAAAAUAUUUUGCAACUGGAGGCUCGAAAAUAAGACCUGAUGUCGUUAAAAAAAUUAUUCAAGUGUUAAAAAAUGAUCAGUUUACAUCAUGCUAUGGAACUACAGAAUUGGGUUGUGCGGGUAUUUGUCAAAUGAAAAAUGGUAAAAAGAAUUAUGAAUCUACUGGUGUUGUUUUCUUUGAUUUGGAAUUAAAAAUUGUGGACGUUAAUACCGGUGAACCAUUAGGUCACAAUCAAUUGGGUGAACUUCAUUUUAAAAAUAAACACAUGAUGAAACAUUAUUUGAACAAUCCAAAAGCAAGUGCAGAGAUCUAUACCAGCGACGGAUGGAUUCGUAGUGGAGACCUAGGAUACUACGACGAGGACGGCAACGUCUUCAUAAAAGAGAGAAUAAAAGAAAUGAUGAAGUACCGAGGUCAUCAAAUAUCUCCUUUGGAAAUUGAAACUGCUCUUCUUAAACAUCCGGAAGUAAUUGACGCUGUUGUCGUAUCAGUGCCUCAUCCAGUGGACGAUGAACAUCCAUUUGCCUUCGUCGUUAAAGAAAAAAAUUCAAAAGUAACGAAAGAUGAACUUUUACAAUUAACAUCAGUUUUGGGUGAAACAAAAAAAAUACGCGGUGGAUUAGUAUUUUUAGACACUUUUCCAUUGAACACUUCGACAAAAAUCGACAAAGUAAAAUUGAAAGAAAUGGCGAAAGCUCACGCAGCUAAAUAAACUAACAACGAAGUCUACGAUGAUAUAACGGAUUCACAUUUCGAAGUGAAACAAAUUGAAAAAGAUAUUAAUCAAUAUGAAAAUAAAGUUUUGACGGAAGCAAGGGCAAUUUUUGAUGAAAAUGAAAAAAUGCUUUUAAAGGAGACCCUUGAACAUGAAAGUGAAAGUGUGGAUUACAGUGAAAAAAAUAAAACAAUUGUACAAUUGUGUCUUAAAAACGUUGAGACAAAAUUCUCAGUAUAUAAAAAUAUUGUCGAUGAUUUUAAAGUUUGCCAAAGUAAAGCAGAAAUUAAAUAUUAUCGAGUGCCAAUUGAUGAUUACAAAUUUAUUUUAUUCAAAAUGAGUGAAAUAUUGGAAGUCCAUGUAAAUAGUUCUGUACAAGAGUGCAAAUACUGGGCAGAAAGUUCUGCGAUUGAUAUGACAAUAAGUGACUGUUUUAAUUCGAAAAGACCAGGAAUUAAUGCAAUAUUGUUUGGUUUAGAGAAAACAUCGAUAAAAUUGCAAACUUUAAUUUAUUAUGCAGGAGAAAAGUUAAAAACAGAAUGUAAAAUUUGUGCAUCAAAUCAACAGUUAAAAUUAAAAAAAGAACUUUUUAAUAUUCAUGUUAAAACAGAUUUUUGUAUUCAAAAUAAUUAAUAGAUUAAAUUAAAUUAAAAUACAUAGUUAAAAACAACUGUCUUUACAAAAACCAAACAAUUGAAAAUGUAAUUAAUA